AUGCGCACCAUGCGCCUGCUGCCGCUCGCGCUGCUCGUGUCCUGCUCCGUGGCCCGCGCCGCCUGCGACCCCAAGAUCGUCAACAUCGGCGCGGUGCUGAGCACGCGCAAGCACGAGCAGAUGUUCCGCGAGGCCGUGAACCAGGCCAACAAGCGGCACGGCGCCUGGAAGCUGCAGCUCAACGCCACCUCCGUCACGCACAAGCCCAACGCCAUCCAGAUGGCCCUGUCCGUGUGCGAGGACCUCAUCUCCAGCCAGGUCUAUGCCAUCCUGGUUAGCCACCCGCCCACCCCGAAUGACCACUUCACGCCCACCCCCGUCUCCUACACGGCCGGCUUCUACCGCAUCCCCGUGCUUGGGCUGACCACGCGCAUGUCCAUCUACUCCGACAAGAGCAUCCACCUGAGCUUCCUGCGCACGGUGCCGCCCUACUCGCACCAGUCGAGCGUGUGGUUCGAGAUGAUGCGCGUGUACAGCUGGAACCACGUCAUCCUGCUGGUCAGCGACGACCACGAGGGCCGCGCGGCGCAGAAGCGCCUGGAGACGCUGCUGGAGGAGCGCGAGUCCAAGAGUAAAAACAGGAACUAUGAAAACCUCGGCCAACUGUCCUAUGACCACAAGCGCGGACCCAAGGCGGAGAAGGUGCUGCAGUUUGACCCUGGAACCAAGAACGUGACGGCCCUGCUGAUGGAGGCGCGAGAGCUGGAGGCCCGGGUCAUCAUCCUCUCGGCCAGCGAGGACGACGCGGCCACCGUGUACCGCGCGGCCGCCAUGCUGAACAUGACCGGCGCGGGCUACGUGUGGCUGGUGGGCGAGCGCGAGAUCUCCGGGAACGCGCUGCGCUACGCCCGGACGGUGGGCAUCAUCGGGCUGCAGCUCAUCAACGGGAAGAACGAGUCGGCGCACAUCAGCGACGCCGUGGGCGUGGUGGCGCAGGCCGUGCACGAGCUGCUGGAGAAGGAGAACAUCACCGACCCGCCGCGGGGCUGCGUGGGCAACACCAACAUCUGGAAGACCGGGCCGCUCUUCAAGAGGGUGCUGAUGUCCUCUAAGUACGCCGAGGGCGUGACCGGCCGCGUGGAGUUCAAUGAGGACGGGGACCGCAAGUUCGCCAACUACAGCAUCAUGAACCUGCAGAACCGCAAGCUGGUGCAAGUGGGGGUUUACAACGGCACCCAUGUCAUCCCCAACGACAGGAAGAUCAUCUGGCCAGGCGGGGAGACAGAGAGGCCUCGAGGAUAUCAGAUGUCCACCAGGCUGAAGAUCGUGACGAUCCACCAGGAGCCCUUCGUGUACGUGAAGCCCACGCUGAGCGACGGCACGUGCAAGGAGGAGUUCACGGUCAACGGCGACCCGGUCAAGAAGGUGAUCUGCACCGGGCCCAACGACACGUCCCCCGGCAGCCCCCGCCACACCGUGCCCCAGUGCUGCUACGGCUUCUGCGUGGACCUGCUCAUCAAGCUGGCGCGCACCAUGAACUUCACCUACGAGGUGCACCUGGUGGCCGACGGCAAGUUCGGCACGCAGGAGCGGGUGAACAACAGCAACAAGAAGGAGUGGAACGGGAUGAUGGGCGAGCUGCUCAGCGGGCAGGCGGACAUGAUCGUGGCGCCGCUGACCAUCAACAACGAGCGAGCGCAGUACAUAGAGUUCUCCAAGCCCUUCAAGUACCAGGGCCUGACCAUUCUGGUCAAGAAGGAGAUCCCGCGGAGCACGCUGGACUCGUUCAUGCAGCCCUUCCAGAGCACGCUGUGGCUGCUGGUGGGGCUGUCGGUGCACGUGGUGGCCGUGAUGCUCUACCUGCUGGAUCGCUUCAGCCCCUUCGGACGGUUCAAGGUGAACAGCGAGGAGGAGGAGGAGGACGCGCUGACCCUGUCUUCGGCCAUGUGGUUCUCCUGGGGCGUCCUUCUCAACUCGGGCAUCGGCGAAGGCGCCCCCCGAAGCUUCUCAGCGCGCAUCCUGGGCAUGGUGUGGGCCGGCUUCGCCAUGAUCAUCGUGGCCUCCUACACCGCCAACCUGGCGGCCUUCCUGGUGCUGGACCGGCCGGAGGAGCGCAUCACCGGCAUCAACGACCCCCGGCUGCGGAAUCCCUCGGACAAGUUCAUCUACGCGACGGUGAAGCAGAGCUCGGUGGACAUCUACUUCCGGCGGCAGGUGGAGCUGAGCACCAUGUACCGGCACAUGGAGAAGCACAACUAUGAGAGCGCCGCCGAGGCCAUCCAGGCCGUGCGGGACAACAAGCUGCACGCCUUCAUCUGGGACUCGGCGGUGCUGGAGUUCGAGGCCUCGCAGAAGUGCGACCUGGUGACCACGGGCGAGCUCUUCUUCCGCUCGGGCUUCGGCAUCGGCAUGCGCAAGGACAGCCCCUGGAAGCAGAACGUCUCCCUGUCCAUCCUCAAGUCCCAUGAGAACGGCUUCAUGGAGGACCUGGACAAGACGUGGGUGCGGUACCAGGAGUGCGACUCCCGCAGCAACGCCCCCGCCACCCUCACCUUCGAGAACAUGGCAGGGGUCUUCAUGCUGGUGGCUGGGGGCAUCGUGGCCGGGAUCUUCCUGAUCUUCAUCGAGAUCGCCUACAAGCGGCACAAGGACGCGCGCCGGAAGCAGAUGCAGCUGGCCUUCGCCGCGGUGAACGUGUGGCGGAAGAACCUGCAGGAUAGAAAGAGUGGUAGAGCAGAGCCCGACCCUAAAAAGAAAGCCACAUUUAGGGCUAUCACCUCCACGCUGGCUUCCAGCUUCAAGAGACGUAGGUCCUCCAAAGACACGCAGUGCCACCCCACUGAUAUCACGGGCCCGCUCAACCUCUCAGAUCCCUCGGUCAGCACCGUGGUGUGAGGCCCCCGGAGGCGCCCGCCUG